AGCAAAAACUCGUGCUAUGGUUUUAUAUUUUUUCUCAAACAAAAAUCAUCCACAUUGCCUGUUCCUUUCGCUCUAAAUUUCCGGGAAAAGGAUUAGUUCAUCAAUCCCCUCCUCCUCCUCCUCCUCCUCCUCCUCCUCCCCAAAUAGAAGAAACGCGUGAUCAAAGAAUCUUAAUUUAAUUCCUCCCCUCCCCCUUCUUCAAGAAGCUCCAUCGUUUACCCAAAUUUCACCACCAACCCACCUCCCAUUUCUCAUCAAUUUCACAGGUUUGGACGAAGAUACAGCAAAAUGAGCGACCAUGUUGUCCUGUACGUGGAUGGCCUCGAGAGGCACGGCGCGGAGGCCUCGUCGAGUGGCAGCGGUUCUGGCCCUGUCGGGGCUGCGGACAACGAGGAGCAGCCCCUGAUUCAGAUGGGUGAGUGCCGGAUUUGCCAGGAGGAGGAUAGUGUCCAGAAUCUGGAGAAUCCUUGUGCAUGCAGCGGCAGUCUCAAGUAUGCUCAUCGGAAGUGUGUUCAACACUGGUGCAAUGAGAAAGGUGAUACCAUUUGUGAAAUCUGUCAUCAGCAAUUUCAGCCUAAUUAUACUGCCCCACCACGUCCACCUGAGCCUGAAGACGCUACGAUUGAAAUAGGGGGAGGUUGGACCAUUUCAGGCACCCCGUUGGACUUGCGAGAUCCUCGUCUCUUAGCAAUAGCAGAGGCAGAACGUCAAUUUUUGGAUUCCGAGUAUGACGAGUACACAAAUUCAAAUGCCAAUGGAGCUGCAUUUUGCCGCUCUGCUGCUUUAAUUUUAAUGGCCCUUCUGCUUCUACGCCACGCCUUGUCAAUCCCAGAAGAAGAUGGGGAAGAUGACGCUGCUGCUUAUUUCUCUCUCUUCUUGGUUCGGGCUGCCGGCUUUCUUUUGCCAUGCUACAUCAUGGCUUGGGCCAUCAGCAUCUUGCAGCGUCGGAGACAAAGGCAGGAGGCAGCAGCUUUGGCAGCAAGGCAAGUUGCUUUCGUGCUACAGGCAGGGCAGCGUCGGGGCGUGCACUUCACAAUAGCUCCAGCAAUGGCGCCAGCCAGCCCGGUCGCUGCUCAUCAAGAACCAGUGUGAUCCUUCCGUUCAGGGACCUGUUUGUCGCCGAGAUUAUUCCAUUAACGAAGAAUAUCAAAACUUCUCCCAAUAAGAGGAACAUGUGUUCUUAUUGUUCCGUGGGCGAGCUAAUGAUGUACUGGACAAAGACCGUUGGGAAUUGUAUUUACACGUUGUUUAGUGUCAUUGUGUUUAGACGUGUGAAUAUUCGAUCUCUAUUACAUGAAAUGGGGAGCCACUUUUUAGCUGAUUCUAUUCUUUGACGGUCGAGUCCUUUGCAUGAUCGUGAAACUAGCCUGGUGUACCAUUGUAUGAUUUGUAAGAUCUCAUCUUAAAGUUGUCAUCACAUGA